AUGGGCUUUAUAUUACUCGGCCAACCCACUCAGAUAUUUUCAUUUCUUUUUUGUUUGCACAUUCAGAGAUUUCGAAUCCCUAAAUCCGAUUUCGCGAUCCAAUCAACUCUGCUCAGUUCUCAGAACUUGUCAAGUAUGGGAGACGCUAGAGACAACGAAGCAUACGAGGAGGAGCUUCUCGACUAUGAGGACGAGGAAGAGAAGGUCCCAGAUUCUGGAAGUAAAGUUAACGGUGAAGCCGUGAAAAAAGGUUACGUGGGAAUACACAGUUCUGGAUUCAGAGACUUCCUUUUGAAACCGGAGCUUCUCCGAGCUAUUGUUGAUUCAGGAUUUGAACAUCCAUCUGAAGUGCAACAUGAAUGUAUCCCUCAAGCUAUUCUGGGCAUGGAUGUUAUUUGCCAAGCAAAAUCUGGUAUGGGGAAGACUGCUGUGUUUGUGCUUUCGACUCUUCAACAGAUUGAACCAUCUCCUGGCCAAGUUUCCGCACUUAUCUUGUGCCAUACAAGAGAGUUAGCUUACCAGAUUUGCAAUGAGUUCGUGAGAUUCAGUACCUACCUGCCAGAUACGAAGGUUGCAGUGUUUUAUGGAGGAGUAAACAUUAAAGGUCACAAAGAUAUGCUAAAGAAUGAAUGUCCUCACAUUGUUGUCGGGACACCUGGGCGGGUGCUUGCACUAGCCAGGGACAAAGAUCUCUCUUUGAAGAAUGUGAGGCAUUUCAUUCUUGAUGAGUGUGACAAGAUGCUUGAGUCGCUUGACAUGCGGAAAGAUGUGCAAGAGAUUUUCAAGAUGACUCCUCACGACAAGCAAGUCAUGAUGUUCUCAGCAACUCUCAGCAAAGAGAUACGCCCAGUCUGCAAGAAAUUUAUGCAAGAUCCAAUGGAAAUAUAUGUUGAUGAUGAAGCCAAGUUGACUCUUCAUGGGCUUGUCCAGCACUACAUCAAACUGAACGAGAUGGAGAAAAACCGCAAGUUAAAUGACCUUCUUGAUGCAUUGGACUUCAAUCAAGUUGUCAUCUUCGUGAAGAGCGUGAGCAGAGCCGGGGAGCUGAACAAGUUGCUGGUUGAAUGCAAUUUCCCCUCAAUAUGUAUUCACUCUGGCAUGUCUCAAGAAGAGAGGUUGACUCGCUACAAGAGUUUCAAGGAAGGGCACAAGAGAAUUCUGGUGGCGACAGACUUGGUAGGAAGAGGCAUUGACAUAGAGCGUGUCAACAUUGUCAUCAACUACGACAUGCCUGAUUCUGCUGAUACAUACCUUCACAGGGUUGGGAGGGCUGGUAGGUUUGGAACCAAGGGUCUUGCAAUUACAUUUGUUGCAUCAGCUUCGGAUUCCGAUGUUCUUAAUCAGGUACAAGAGAGGUUUGAGGUUGAUAUAAAGGAGCUUCCUGAGCAGAUUGAUACUUCGACUUACAUGCCGUCUUGA